GUGCUCGUCUGUGCAGCCAAUGACAGAACAGUUAGCAUGCUUUGCUCAAAUUUUUGCCAUGGCGUUAGAACUGGUACCCCGUUGUUUCUUGCGAAAACAAAAUGGCAGCACCAUGGGUGGAAAUAUGCAGAUUAAGGGGCGGAUCCCCUUUCUAUGUCACUAGUCACUAGGGAAGUGAAAUCUGAGUGGCUCAUUUUUUCACAUGCUUAUAGAGAAAGGCUUACUGGGUUGUCCUUUUUCUGGUUUUCUGGGUUGGUAGAUGCACCGGGGACCCGAUUAUAACACUUCAACACGGAAAAAGUCAGAUUUUUAUGAUAUGUCCUCCUAAAGCCCUAGAGUGCAUCUCAAUCAGAUCCCUAGUUCACUAGUCAGGGCACUGAUCAGGGAGUCGGCCAUUUUAAAGGGUUAUUUCACCCAAAAAUGAAAAUUCUGUCAUUACUCCAUGUCGUUCCAAACCUGUAAGACCUUCGUUCAUCUUCGAAACACAAAUUAAGAUAUUUUUGAUGAAAUAUGAGAGCUUACUGUCCCUCCAUAGACAGCAAUUUAACAACCACUUUUAAGGCCCAGAAAGGUACUAAAGACAUUGUUAAAAUAGUCAACAUGACUGCAGUGGUUCAACCUUAAUGUUAUGAAGCGACGAGAAUACUUUUGUGCGCAAAAACAAACAAAAAUAACAACUUUAUUCAACAAUUUCUUCUCUCCCAAGUCAGUCUCCUACGCAGUUGAUGUAGUGAAUGCAGUGCAGGCUUAUGCGUUCUACGUCCAAACACCAGCUCAGUACUGGCCGACGCUGUACACGUGAGCAGCAUGACGCAUACGUGACGCUGGCCAAUAAUAACAUUAAUAAAUAAUUUUAGUUCUGUCAGGACCACAUCAAGUAUGAUUGACAAUUAGCAUACAGUUUGGAUUGGCGGUAUGGUUGUGUUCUGGGCAAGAACACCCUGCCCAUCCCUGCAGCCUAGCAUGGAUAAGAGCAGAGAGAGCAGCGAUAACCCGCUAGAGUAUUACAGAACACAACCAACAUAAGGUAUGCAGAAGUCAUUAAUGUUCUUAAAACUGCAGUCUGUAAGUUUUACCUCUUUGUCGCCAUCUCUGUUUGAAACCUUCAAUUGCAGCAACUGCAAUUGCUUGGAAGUAUGACCAAAAUAAGAAUUUUCACCAGAGAAUGUCAUCUGAACAAUUAAGUAACAAAUCUCCCACUUUUGUUCUGACCAACUGAGAAAAAAAAGCAUUAAAAUAAACCGCACUGCCAAUGGUGAUUAAAUCUAACGAGCACUUAGCUCAUAUCACAUCAAACUGUGCAAAUUAUUAUUGUUAUACUUCGUUCUCAAAUUGUUAAUGUUAACAACAUCAGCAUUGCAUGACUACAUGUAUAGUGUGUAUUAGCGAUACCUGUACAUUUCAUUUUCUGUACAGUCUAAUCUCCAAAUUGUCCAUUUGUCAUACCAUACAAUCCGCCAUCAAAAUGACAAGGUUAAUUCCAGCUGCUGUGAGAAAAGGCUAUAAAUGAUCCGCCACCUGCAACAUCCUCACAUGAUAUAGCAUGGACGUUCCCAAGCCAGCCGCCCAUCCGGUCGUUCCCAAGCCAGCCAUCCAUCCAGUCGUUCCCAAGCCAGCUGUCCAUCCAGACGUUCUCAAGCAAGCCAGCCAUCCAUCCAGAUGUUCCCAAGCCAGCCACCCAUCCAGUCGUUCCCAAGCCAGCCAUCCAUCCAGACGUUCUCAAGCCAUCCAUCCAGACGUUCUCAAGCCAACCGACCCUCCAGACGUUCUCAAGCCAGCCGUCCAUCCAGAUGUUCCCAAGCCAGCCACCCAUCCAGACGUUCUCAAGCCAGCCGUCCAUCCAGACGUUCUCAAGCCAGCCAUCCAUCCAGACGUUCCCAAGCCAGCCACCCAUCCUGUCGUUCCCAAGCCAGCUGUCCAUCCAGACGUUCUCAAGCAAGCCAGCCAUCCAUCCAGAUGUUCCCAAGCCAGCCGCCCAUCCAGUCGUUCCCAAGCCAGCCGCCCAUCCAGUCGUUCCAGAGCCAGCCAUCCAUCCAGACGUUCUCAAGCCAGCCGACCCUCCAGACAUCAUCAAGCCAGCCGCCUAUCCAGUCGUUCCCAAGCCAGCCACCCAUCCAGAUGUUCUCAAGCCAACCGCCCAUCCAGUUGUUCCCAAGCCAGCCGUCCAUCCAGACGUUCCUAAGCCAGCCGACCCUCCAGUCGUUUCCAAGCCAGCCGCCCAUCCAGUCGUUUCCAAGCCAGCCACCCAUCCAGAUGUUCUCAAGCCAGCCACCCAUCCAGAUGUUCUCAAGUCAGCCGCCCAUCCAGAUGUUCUCAAGCCAGCCGCCCAUCCAGUCGUUCCCAAGCCAGCCGACCCUCCAGUCGUUUCCAAGCCAGCUGUCCAUCCAGACGUUCUCAAGCCAACCGACCCUCCAGACGUCAUCAAGCCAGCCGACCCUCCAGACAUCAUCAAGUCAGCCGACCCUCCAGACGUUCUCAAGCCAGCCGUCCAUCCAGAUGUUCCCAAGCCAGCCACCCAUCCAGACGUUCUCAAGCCAGCCGACCCUCCAGACGUUCUCAAGCCAGCUGUCCAUCCAGUCGUUCCCAAGCCAGCCGUCCAUCCAGUCGUUCCUAAGCCAGCCGACCCUCCAGUCGUUCCCAAGCCAGCCACCCAUCCAGAUGUUCUCAAGCCAGCCACCCAUCUAGAU